AUGGCGGAAGCUGUCAGCUCGAGCAGGGACUGCCUUCAAGCAGGCGAGUCCUGUACCAACGACCCCAUCUGCAGUGCCAAAUUCAGGACCCUCCGGCAAUGCAUUGCAGGCAAUGGAGCCAACAAGCUGGGCCCCGACGCCAAGAACCAGUGCCGGAGCACCGUGACGGCCCUGCUCUCCAGCCAGCUCUAUGGCUGCAAGUGUAAGAGAGGCAUGAAAAAGGAGAAGCACUGCUUGAGUGUCUACUGGAGCAUCCACCACACAUUAAUGGAAGGCAUGAACGUACUGGAGAGUUCCCCUUACGAGCCGUUCAUCAGGGGCUUUGACUACGUCCGGCUGGCAUCCAUCACUGCAGGCGCUGAGAACGAGGUGACCCAGGUGAACCGGUGCCUGGACGCCGCCAAAGCCUGCAACGUGGACGAGAUGUGCCAGCGGCUGCGGACCGAGUACGUCUCCUUCUCCUGCGGGCUCCUCUGCUGCCCCUGCGAUGACACGGCCUGCGCCGAACGCCGGCGGCAGACCAUCGUUCCUGCCUGCUCCUAUGAGUCCAAGGAGAAGCCCAAUUGCCUGGCGCCUCUGGACUCCUGCAGGGAAAACUAUGUCUGCAGGUCACGCUACGCAGAGUUCCAGUUUAAUUGCCAGCCGUCACUGCAGGCUGCGAGCGGCUGGCGGAGGGGGAGCUAUGCUGCCUGUCUGCUGGCCUAUACAGGGAUCAUAGGCAGCCCCAUCACACCCAACUACAUUGACAAUUCCACUUCCAGCAUAGCUCCCUGGUGCACGUGCAACGCCAGCGGCAACCGGCAGGAAGAGUGUGAGAGCUUCCUGCAUCUCUUCACCGACAACAUCUGUCUCCAAAACGCCAUUCUGGCCUUUGGCAAUGGGACCUACCUGAAUGCAGCUGUGGCCCCAUCCAUCCCCCCCACCACACAGAUGUACAAGCAGGAGCAAAAUGCCAACAGAGCCGUGGCCACCCUCAGAGAGAACAUCUUCGAGCAUCUCCAGCCCACCAAGGUGGCAGGAGAGGAGAGGCUCCUGCGGGGCUCCACUCGUCUGUCAUCAGGGACCUCCAGCGCAGCAGCUCCCUCCUUCUGGGCAGCCUCUCCUCUGCAGAUGUGGCUUCUCCUGGCCCUUGCUGUGCUGAGCCUCUUUGCAAUGUGA